AUGGCUAGUCAAAAAUUGACGGUAAAUCUGCCAGACGAUCAUAUCGUCGUUCAUUUUACUACCGUAGAAGACCUUCAACAAACAGCAGAGCGAACUGACCAAGGAGGCCCGCAUCGAGCUGGACAGCGAAGAAAACGUCCCCUGCACUGCAUCCCAUACCGAUUCAUGUGGGACAAUACCGCUGGCAUCCUCAAGAUCCUCACUUCCGGGCACGAUGUCAUGACGAUCAACAUCACCCGCGCCAUCGAUCUGUUCUGCAGCCGCAUGGGAAUGGACCCUACCGCGCAAAUAGCCGGAUGGAUGUCUCUUCCCCAAGUGUCACGGCGUCGCUUCCCCGGCUCCGCGAAGAGGCACGGUGGUGGCUGCGCAACUUGCAGGGAGAAGUCCGGAUGGUCCUCGUUCUCGGCAUACAUCGCCAGAGACGAACGUUGGUUAUCGAGAAAUGGGAGCAGCAAGAGCGCGCGGCGAUACAGCAGCAUCAGCUACUCCCAUCAGCCUGGGGCUUCUCUGCAGGCGUACGCUGCACAGACUUUUGCGAUCAGCCCCGAGUCUGUUUCCGGCGCUCCUCUCGUUCUUCCUUUUGAGGAGCCACCCGAGCGACCCCGGCAGGGCAGAGAGGCUGACAUCAUCCUGGCGGAGGAACAGCUUCGGGUCUGCAUGCGCUGGGUGUGGCAAUUCAUGGAUUGAGGCAUUGCUGAGCUAGGAAUCUGCAGAAAUCCUUAGCCUUCGAAUUGCAGACUAGUGUAACCAAUCUUUGUCUUCAAAGUAUACCAUUCCUUGAUAUGUCCAUUGUCACAAUCAUACAUCGAGAAAAGGUAGAUGUUAGGCGCCAAGGCACACCCGGGCUGAGCAUGCGCCCAUGACGUCACAGGCGCAGGAAUGC